AGAAGACCAACCUCAAAAGGCGUCGCAUGGCUGAUAUUGAGCCUACUCCCAUUGCUGAGUAUGAUGAUGGCCCCCUAGUUGUGCCACAUGGCUUUCGCUCUGUGGUUAGGGCCUUAUAUCACCUCGACCGUGCCAGCUCUCACUCUUCGACGAUCUACGAGCUUCACUCACUGCCACUGCAGUUUGACUUGUCGCCAUGGGACUGGAACGCUGCCAACAACAGUGCAAUCCAAUGUGAUGUUCGGCUUAAGUGGCAAACUUUCGUGGGUCUCUUUCCGACAGACUUUCGUUCGCGUCGAGUCGUCGUAUCCGUGGCAUCUGGAUCAUUCGACUCGUUUUCAGAUGGGUCACUGAUCUUGUUUCGAGGAAACUUUCGGUGCAGCGGCAAGUGCAAGGCCCUCCCUCCCACCCAUUCUGGGACUGGUGACACAUUCGAAAGUUUCGACCAGUACCGCGGGGAUGGCGAAGAUGUUGAGAUGUUGGAGUCCCCACGCAAAGCGGGGGGAGCUUCUUUGUGCAACGCGAUUCUUACUAUUGAGAUGACCCUGGAUAACAUUCGGCAAGGGGUUGUUCAGUGGUGGGAGCCUCUCAACCACCCGAAGCCCCGCCGCAAUGUGGAGUUGUCGAUGUCGCACUUCGUUCGAGCUGCACUGUUUCAUGUUGCGUCGUCGUAUCGAAUGACUACGUCUUUUUUAGCCAAGUGGUUCGAACGUUCCAUCUCUGAGGAGCCUUACUUCAAAGAGCUACAAACGAUGGCCCCUCAUCGCAUGCCGGUAAUGAAGCACUUUAAGUCAGUCUGGGCGGCGGCGACUAGUCGGAGUCGCCUAGCAAAGCUUCCACUUGUUGCACUGGAUAUUAUCCACCAGCGUAAUCCAAGUAGAUUCAUUCUCUUCACUGUCAUCCCGGCCACCCCGAAGACCAAGUUUUACGCUGAAGCCGCCAUGGUCUCCAAUUUUAGCCUUGAGGCCGCCAUCAUGUUCGCGCCGUGCAACGGAAUGUUUUUGGACUCAUCGUUCAAGAACAAGGCCGGGGGGAAAACGCCUUUGACCAUGCUGGUGACUGUCAACCAGCAUAACCGAAUGGUACCAAUGGCCACUAUGGUCCACACGAAUGCGAUCCGUCCUGCGUUCGUCAACUUUCUGAAGGCAUUCGCAAAGGCAGUGCAGCAACAUGCCCGUCGGAUCGUGGCUCGAGAAGUCAACCAUGUCCUCGUGCUCGACGCUGUCGAACAGGAACAGUUCCUGAUGCGGUGCGACGACAUCGCCGAAGAAGGAUGGGUCCCCGCCUUCGGCAUGAUUGACGCUCAUGACGGUGAACGCAAUGCCAUUGAGGAGGUGUUUCCGGGUAUGCCAAUCCGCCUGUGCCAGUUCCACCUCAUUGCCGCAGUCCGCAAGAGGUUCCGGCGCAUCUUCGGAGCAGUAACACCUCAGAACCAGGGCUCUUUCUUGGCGCUUCAAGCAUUUCGCACCUUGCAACGAUGUCCCGUCGAACAAGAGUUCGACCGGUACUAUGGUAUCUUCAGGCGCACCAUUCACGACAUCGACGACGACCCUGAGACUUGGGACCAAGUCGAUAGGUAUCUGCAAGGGGAAUGGUUGGCUCCUCGGUGGCGCUCAUAUUGCAUGGACUACGGUCUGCCGCCGUGGGUCACACGGGAUGGGCCGUGGUCGACGAACAACUUCGUGGAGUCUGCGUUCAACGUUUUCGAUCGAAUCUUCUUGGACUGUCGCGCGAACAAACGCGUUGAUCGUUUGGUUGACAUUCUAAUCACGGAAUACUUCCCUUGGUACGAAGCGAAUCAGCAUAAAGAACCACGCUUCGACCGGAUCCACGCUGCGGCUGUCCGGAACGGCCUCCUGCUCUGGCAAACAGAUAGCAUUCGUGUGGUCGAUAUGUCUAUCGCGCGAGACCAAGGAGAUCCAGCCUAUUCCCAGGAUCACCCCAUCUACGUCGUUCAGGCCCAAGCAAAGAAGCUCAAGCUUGGUUCAGGCACUGUGGGGGUGGCUGCUCGCACUCGGGGCCGUGAGAUUUGCUCGUGCAACAAGUGGAAACAGACGGGCAAACGGUGCAUGCACAUGUUCGCCGUCUUCAAGUACCGCAUCACGGGGCCCUGCAAUGAGUACGAGACCAAGAUCGAGGCGGCAAUGGAGCGAUUCCACUUCCCAAAGGCGGAUCUUUCCCCCGAACCUUUGCGGGAUUUCGAUCGGCCAUAUUCCAGUGACGGGGAGGCCAGCCCGGACGACGACCCCCUAGAACAACAGUGGGGGAAGUACGUUCAUCACCCUAAACGACUGUUCGAUUUUGACUUCGAUGGUUCCCCAGUGACUUCGUUCCCUGUCAAAGAGAGCCGGCCUUCGCCUAGGAAAGGCGAUCUGGUAACCCCCAAACCUGAACGCAGCGAGUCUCGAAUGGACGUGGACGAGCCCGAUUCACCCGCCGAAACACCGACCAUGUCCCUCGAACCUCCCCAGCUGUCCGAUGAGCACAUUCUUGCGCUCGAAGAGGAAGAGAGGACACAGACGGAGCGCUACGGGCACAUUCGCCGAAACAAGAGUGACAUGGGGGAGCCUUUCGGAGUGUCUUCGGGACGACCCCUCAACCGUCAUCCGAACCAACCAUGGCGGACUGGGGAUCCCACUCGAAAGCACAGUAAGCGUUAUGACAAGCGACUGCCACGGCAGAUGCCUUUCAUCCCCUUUGCCGGCGCAACCAACCCACACGGACUGUCCUGCUAUGCCGACACCAUGCACAUUAUGCUGUACAUGAUUCCUCGUGUGCGGACUCGAAUCUUGGCAAUGACCGAGUCUGAGUUGAACCAGCCUUACCUUUUCGAACUUCAUAAUAUGUUCAAGGGCUGGGACGCGGUCGAGCAUUACAACCAGCCUGAGCUUCUGGACAUCAUGUCUAAUACUAUUUGUGUAUACCCUGGUGGUCCCCUGGUUGACGACCCUGGGAUUCAGCAGGACGCCUCCGAAGUUUUCCUCCGCGUAGUCACAUACCUCACGCGUUCUCUGACUGGAAUCGAUCUGUGCGAAUACCUGCAGGUUACUGCUAAGUCCACUCGAACGUGUCCUAACUGCCAAUCGUGCGACGGAAGUGACCAGGUCGGAUCGGUGUCGAUUGGGCUGGUCCUCAGGGCCCCACCAGCAAACACGAAGUCUGCCUCGAGUCAGGAUGGGCGGCUGAGUUUACUCGACCUUUUCGGCCUUCAAGACUCAAUUAUGGGUGACAGCGGAGCCCUUGUCUGUGGACGAUGCAACUUCAGCGGACCGGGGUUCGUCAUGAAAGACGAGAUCAUAUCACUCCCAACGGACUACCUCGUCAUCCAUUUAUCAAGGGGUUACGAUUAUCCUGCCACUUUCGACAUUCCAUCAGUGUUUACCGAACCGACAACCCAACGUUCGUUUGGAGUGGUUGCUAUCGUUAUGAGGGAGCACGUUACCGUCUCUCAGGGACAUUUCGCCAUUCUGGUCUGCGAUAAGAAAAGCCAGAGCUGGUGGAAGAUCAACGGUACUGUCGUCGUUCAGACCUUCGGUCCCAACGCGUCAUUCGGACUCAAUUGCUACCCAGUGUUCCUUCUUUGCGAGGCCCGCCUCCCGGUACCAACUGUUCCCGAUCGCACAUCUGUCGGCAGGAGGCCACCCGCGAAACGUCAACGCCAGGAUGUCACGAGCUCCAAGGACACGGUGCUCUUCCCCACCCAAUAUGCCCAACCAACAAUGGAAUCGUUGUUGAAGUUGUUGAUUCUGGGGAAUAACAGGAAGGCUCCUCGAUUGAUCGACGCAACCCUCCGAUUCAAGAACCUGCAAAGUCUAACUGGGCUGUACAAGCAGGUUGUGAGCCUCGGACAGCGGGGGCUUCCUCACAGUUACCUUGACGAUUGGCGCAAGUAUGCGAUUACAGACGACUGGUACUCCAAUAUCUUCAUCAAUCACGUACUGCGGAACCUGGAGGCUUGCACGAAGUUCACGAACGGACGACCUCAAGGAAACCCCGAAGUCGAAAUCGUCUACCAGGCAUCGGGACUGCCUAAUGGAUGGUUCGUGGAUAAGUCGCUCAUGCCGUUCCAUUCUGGUCCUUGGAAAAGUCUACCGUGUUCCUUUCUGGAUACCGCAGGAGAAUGGACCAAGAAGUGGUACGUGCUGCCUUUCCAACCUUUGGUCGGCCUACACUUUUGCACCGUCGCACUGCAUGGUCCAGAACGGCUGCUUUAUGUCCUGGAUAGACUGCCGGGCCUGUCCUCUAAUCUGAGCAAACCGACCCCCAUGCAU